AUGGGUAAACGCAAAGGCAAAUGUGUGAAAAAAAAUCCGGCUUCAAAGGAGGCUCUGGAGCCUGAGAACCUGGUGAAGGCUCCUCAUUCCUUUGUGAUACAUCGUGGACAAUGCAGCAAGGAUUUGAUAGAUCUUAUGAAGGACUUCAGGAAAGUUAUGGAGCCUUUUACGGCUUCGCAGUUAAAGGAAAGAAAGAAAAACACAAUAAAAGAUUUUGUUUCAGUUUCUGGAUAUCUGCAUGUAUCGCAUAUGAUGCUGUUCACAGAGACAGAACUUGGUACAUACAUGAGAAUGGCACGUCUGCCUCGAGGACCCACACUUACUUUUAGGAUACACAAUUACAGUUUGGCGCGUGACGUUAUCUCCUCUCUCCGAAAACAGUACGUCAUGAUGCGUGCGUUCCAGAACGCGCCUCUCAUAGUACUGAACAGCUUCUCUGGCGAGGGCAUGCACAUGAAACUUAUGGCUACUAUGUUCCAGAAUAUGUUUCCUACAAUCAAUAUUACUACAGUGAAGCUAAAGAACAUUCGCCGCUGCGUGCUCAUGAACUACAACCCCUCCACAAAACUCAUUGAUAUGAGGCACUACGCUAUCAGAGCCACGCCUGUAGGACUUAAUAGAGGAACCAAGAAGGUGGUGCAAGGAAAAAUACCGAAUUUAAAUCGGUGCAAAGACAUGUCGGAAUUCUUCGACAAAGCAGGAUUGCUAUCGGAGAGUGAAUUCGAGGACGACCCAAAUUCACAAGUUAUUUUGCCUCAAAAUUUGGCCUCAAGAGGAGCCGCUGCUGAAUCUAAGUCCGCCAUCAGGCUUUUCGAACUGGGACCUAGGAUAUCAUUUCAACUUAUUAAGGUAGAAGAUGGUUUAAUGGAUGGAGAAGUACUUUUCCACGAAUUAGUUGAAAAGACAGAUGAAGAGAAGAAGCUUAUCAAAAAGAAGAGAGAAGAAAAAAGACGAUUAAAAGAAAAACGCAAGGCGCAACAAGAAGAGAACGUCCAACGUAAGCAGAAGGAGAAAGAAAAUCUCAAACAGAAGGCGAUUGAGGGUAUGAAGAAAAAGAAAGAUGUUACAGAGAGUCAGAGGUUAAUGGAACUAGCGAAUGCUGAGUCUCAACACGCGAACAUGGACCAAGAUGCCGACGAGGACGAUGCUGAUUAUUAUCGACAAGAAGUCGGUGAGGAGCCAGAAAAAGAUCUUUUUACACGAGAUACGACAAGAAAACGUAAAGGUGACGACGAUGGACCACGAGGCUUUAAGAAGUUGAGAUUAGAUAAAAAACUAAAGAAAAAAUAUCAAAGAAAUCAAGACACAGACAAAGUCCAGAACAGACAAGACAACAAAAGACAAUUUAGAAAUAACCAGAAGGAUGGCAGGAACUUCCAGAAUGACAAGAGGAGUGGUGGUAAAUUCCCCAAUGACCGGAAAGGUGGUGGAAACUUCCAAAAUGACAGGAAAGGUGGUGGAAACUUCCAAAAUGACAGGAAAGGUGGUGGAAAGUUCCAAAAUGACAGGAAAGGCGGUGGAAAGUUCCAAAAUGACAGGAAAGGCGGUAGAAAGUUUAAUAAAGACGGAAAUGAUAAAGGUAACUUUAAUAAGCCAAAGAAAGUCUUUGGUGGUAAAAUAAACAAAGGGAAACCUGGAAAAGGUAUGAAAAAUAAAGGGAAAGGCAAGGGUAGAAAAUGA